GUCAAACCCGUCCCGUCUCCUGUGCUGUUCCAGUGCCAGGAUAAUGACUGAGAACGACCGUUAGCCUGAAUACUCUCGUUCGUUUACACCGAUGAGAAAAACUGCUCUUUAAUUUGUUAUCGCUGGGUUUAUAUUCAGGAUGGGGAUGGUCUUUCCAACGGGCAACAUGUCCCUCAUCUCGGUGACUUUGGCGCUGCUCGCCAUCGUCCUCAGCACUUCUCAGGUCAGUGGGAACGAGGACUGUUUGUGGUAUGUGGAUAAAAACGGCACCUGGCACAAUGGCUUCGACUGCCCUCUCAUCACGUUCUGCUGUGGGAACUGCCACCGGCGCUACUGCUGCCUGGACGCCUUCAAGAUGAUCACAGAGAGGGAGCAGAAACGAUGCAUGCUCUUCCAGUUCAGCCCCACCACUUUAGCUGGCAUUGCCUCCUCCAUCCUGCUGUUUGUGGCCAUCAUUGCCACCAUGGUGUGCUGCUUCAUGUGCUCAUGCUGUUACCUCUACCAGAGAAGGCAGCAGCGAGGCAGGACACCUUAUGAUGCCCAGCAGAUCCCAAUGGCCAGCUACCCACUGGAGCCCAUGUACGAUGCUUAUGGAAAACCACUGGGCCCCUCUGAGUAUCCGCAUGCAGGUUAUCCAAUGGCACCCCAGUACCCUGGCAUGCCCCCCCAGUAUCCAGUGAUGCAGCCUGGACCGUAUCCACCACACCCGAUGGAUCCUGCGUACAGCCAGGCCCCUCCACCUUACUCUCCACCUCAGUAUCCUGGUCAUUGAUGGGCUCGUCUACAUACACACACACACACACACACACACACACACACACACACACACACACACACACACAGCGGGGAGACAACAACAGCUGAGAGACAUGACUGUUUCGAAAGAAGAAGGCAGCAACACUCUCGCACACUCAAACACAAACACACUCAAAUAAACACUACAGCUCGACUAGCAGUGGUUUGCCUGUGAAGUAGAAGGAGCCACUUUAAGGGUUUUUUUUUUUUUUUUCUCCAUUGUUUAUUUACAACGUUGUCCUACUUUACGUAGUAUUUACGUUAAUCAAAUUCUGUUCUGCAACCUGACGCCUGAUUGCUCUGGGCCAGUUUCACAGAGGGCGUCACGCCAUUCCCCCGAAAGUGAGGAGGUGUCCGGCUGGCGUCUCAACUGUGUGCUGCCACCUCUGCUCUCUGACACGCUCACCUCAGUGGCAGGGUGUUACAUAAAGGCAGGGCUCAUUACAUUCCAGAAGAGGGUUAAAAAAGGGAUUUACAACAAAGAUAAUGCACUCCCUUUUUAUACGUUAAAGGGGAAAAUUGCUGUUAAAUGUUAAAUUUUAACGGAUUGAUAAACUGCCUAAGACGACAUUCCAGGUCAUCUGAUCCACAUUCUCCAAAUAUGAUUACAUGAUGUCUUUAUAUCUGUAUCUGUUUUGUAAUGUGGUAGAGGCGAAUGUGAAAAACAAAUUGGAAAUAUGGGACGCAUGAUUGAUUAAACAGGUGACAUGUUUGGGUUAAAGGCAGAUACUGAUACUGCCUUAAGUUUGCUCGGAUGACCUAAUGGAUUUCAUGGUACUCCUAAUCCUGUGUAAGACGCUUUUAGUCACCUGUUAGUUUCAACUUUGUCUCUUCUUGACUAAUUACGUCAUGGUAAUAUAUUAGCUGCAUUGUUCUAAUGUAACAUCUCAACAUCAGCAUGCUACCCAGUCAAAGUUACCUGUCCCCUCCCGCUUCUUUUCUCAUUUUGAAUGAAUUAGAAAUGAGUUUUAAGAUUAAUCCCAUAAUGCCAGGUAGGAUGUUUUGUGGCAAUUCUUGUUUAUUUUCUUCUAACAUAUCAGGUCAGUGGAGCUGCAGGUCAUGCUGCUUGAUAAAGCAAAAUGUCCUGCCUUACAAUAAUUAACCAUGAAAGAAAAAACAAGAGAUUAACUAUUUAAAUACAUAUUUUGUAAAUCUGUUCUUCAGCUGAAUAUUUUAUGAUAAUGUAACAAGUUAUUUUAAAACAAUGUAUUGUUAUUGUAACAUAAGAUAUGAUGUUUUUGGCAUUUUGGCAUCUUUCCAUUUGGUAUUUAUUAUCAUUGAGGUUACCUUUUACUGUGAAUGGGUUCUCACCUUCUGGACUAAGCUACAAAGCCAAAAAUCACUACUGUUGAAAAAGCAGAUUUUGUUAACAACCUCUCUUUAAAGGUUUGACAUUUUGGGUGAUAUGCUUAUUUUCUCUCUUGCUCGGAGUUAGAUGAGACGACUGAUAUUUUACGUAGGUAAAAGUAGCAAUACCACAAUGUAGAAAUACUCAGUUACAAAAGUCCUACAUUCAAAAUUUUACUUGAGUAGAAGUACAAAUGUAUUGGCAGCAAACCUGUAAUUGUAACUAUUGUAUGUGCUGCUGGGUAGCUUAAUUUAUAAUACAGCAUGGUUUACUUGUUGAUUAUGUUUUGUAUUAAUGUGAAUAUGCAAAGCAGGAGCUAGAGCUAUCAAAUAAGUAUAGCGUCAUAUAGUGCUGAAAGUACAGUAUUUCCCCUGAAGUAAAAUGGAUACAGUUGAGUAAAGUACAAGUACAUCAAAACUGUACUUAAGUACCAUUCUUCCCAUUCUGCAACAUGGCAGAAUGGAAAGAAUGGGGAAAAACACCCAUUCUUCAGACUUGCCAAAAUUCACCAAGAUUUCAUUGCUAUCAGAAUUUCCCAAUUAUUCCAACAUGAAAUUAAAGGUUGGGGACUAACAUUACUGUUUUUUCUGACCCAGCUGCUUAUAAUUACGGUUUAAACAAUAUAACCUGAAUGCACCGGCUGCAAGGCAAUGGUUUAUUUCCCAGUCAAAAAAUAGUCCAGCACAUAAAGCUAUAUAAUAUGCGUAACUGUCAUUUAUGUACUUUACAUUGGGGUUGGGGGUACUAAGAGGUGGAUUUUGUUACCCUCAGAAAGAGCCAUCUGUUUCCAGUUUCAUUCUAAGAUCUGUAGUUCAGAGAAUUCACAUAAUAGAUUUAUUUACCAUUUAAAAAAAUGUGUUCUGUUAAAUAACACAUUUGAUUAAGUAAUUACAUGAGAAUAGUAAAAGGAAAUGCCUCGUGUUUAACAAAUGUAUUUGGUGGUAAUCAAAAUAUAUUCAGAAGUAGUCUAUAUAUUCACCUCAUAAAUCGUGACAUAUUUCUCUCCUGUACAUGAUAGUACAUUAGCUGCUUUUAACAAUAAAAAAAAGUAUCGGCCCUGGUUUUAACUUGGCAUCAGAUCAAAACCAAAUUUUGUGAUAAAACCCAGCUUUAUGGUUCGGGCGUGAGAAAGCAGAUAGGUGCAUUUCCCAAAAUGUCAAAACUAUUCUUUCAAAUAUUCUCUUACAGAUUUGGGCUCCAGUGAGGUCAGGGCCUGGAACCUGUGAAAUUAAUUUAUCUGUAAUUGGGUCUGGUUUAGCAUUUUGGUGCAGACGAAAACAGCCCUGUGCUCUUGUAAGAUGUAUGAACUGUAAAACACAACGUCUCUAGCAUGUGUUGUAUAUUUAACUGACUACUAAUACGUGAUGCCUGGAUUAUCUUUAUUUAGGUGUAAAGUAUCUCAACCUGAAAGCCAAAUGAGGCACAUAUUUAAAAAAAAACAAAACACUGUUAUAUCAUGCUGAUUAGAGAAGCCUGGGCUUUCUCAAACUUUUCCUUGAGACUUGUUUCACCUCUAAACCAUGCAAUGAAUCAGACAACAGUUAUUCCCGCUAGUUUACAGCAUAAAUUCGGUGGCGACGUCCAUGUGUACAGAUCUGUUGAGCCUCUGUAAAGCACAAAGAAAACACUGGAGUUCUCUUUGUAAGAUGCUUUACAUGUAGUUUGACCUAACAUUUGCUCAAUGAUGUUUUUGUUUAUUUGUGCUUCUAAACCAACUCCAUGAGUGUGUUUAAUGAAACUGACAUCAGUUGGCAAAGUAACUUGUCUAGAUAUGGCUUUUUGUCUGUCGUCAUAUGGAUGGUAUGACAUUGUAAUAUAAAGUCAGUGAAAAGUUUUUAUUUCUAUUAACAUAAAAUUUAAC